GAUGUGCAACAGUGAAGAAAAAGAUAAUUACCCUGCUCAUUACCAUGCGCAAUGUAGUGAAAAUGCAACACUAGGUGACUUUUCAAAAUUAAGGGGUUAUCUUAUAUUCAGUUCAAAACAAAAUGCAUUAACAUUACCUAAAAUUAUAGGAAUCAAAUUCCAAGGCUUCUCUCAACAUUGUUUUGUACAAUUUAAGAACCACACUCCUGGAAUUGGCCAUAGCCACUCCAGUCUUCUUGCCAAUGAGCGUAUCCUAUCCUGUGUAUAUCUCUGGCUUGGCCAGGGCUUGACUGUGCCGCCGCAGGCGCUGCAGGUCGAAUAUGGUCCAACCAAAAAGAAAAUGUGUUUGCGCCUGGUUGAACCAGAGAGUAUAUUGGGU